AUGCCAGCGACGAAGCGCGACGACGAGUACGACGAGUACGACGACUUUGGCCUCCCGGUCAGGACGCGCAGGCCGAGGACGCCCGUGCCGGACAGCGACGACGACGACGCCGACGAGUUCAGGGAUGCUGUGGCGCAGACCAAGGAUGCCGAGGCGGACAUGUCCAGCGCGAGUCCGGGCGACGGCGCGGCGAAGGCGGUCGAGAGCAUUGUGGAGCACGUGAAGGAGAGGGAGAGGGAGAGGGAGAGGGCUGAGGCGGGUGGCAGUGGCAGUGGCAGUGGCAGUGGCAGUGUGCUGCAUGCCUCGCCGAGCGUCAAUGGGCUGAGCACCGCGCCAGAGGAGACUAAGCCGGACGCUCCACCCAACGCCUCCACUCCGGCUGCCCGUACAAGCCUCGAGAAACCCGGGCCGCCGCUCCAGAAACAGUCGGCCGUCAACGAAUACUCGCACCAGAACAUCCUUGCACAACCCAACCCAGCUCCAUCAGCAGCAGAAGACGACGACGGAGGCUGGCAGACGAUGCCGGCAUAUGCCCAGUACGACAUGUACGACGACGACAACCGCCUCAUUGCCAAGGAGAACCCCGAAGAGCUGGAGGACAUGCACGGCUACGCCAACGUCGGCGGCGCUGCAAAGGGCUACACUCGAGUCAUUGUCGAUGACGACGCCGACUCGCAGACGAGCAUGGACGACAACACCGCCUAUCUCUUCAAGGAAAAGACCACCGCCCUGCACGACGACGACGACGCCAUCCGCGACCCGCUCAUGCAGAUGCAGGCCACCAAGAACCUCCUCACCGAAGGCCAGCGCGUCGCCUACGUCGGCCUCGUGCGCCUCGCCAUGAUUGAGAUGGAGCGCAAGUUCGACACCAUCAUCGAGAAGAAGAGCCGCCAGGUCAAAAAGGCCCUCGACAUGUACACCGAGGGCACCAAGAUGUGGUCGCAGAAGAUGAUGGUCAGGCUGUACGGCCACAUGGACAUCAACACGUCGGAGCAGGUCAUGAUCGAGCAGCUGACGGACCACGGCGUCAUCCCUGCUGACCUCACGCCCGCGCUGAUGCACAACGCCCGCGUGAAGAACCCGGCCGCCGAGACCGACGACGACAAGACCGACGACACCUCCGCGCCGCCGUCCGUCUCCUCGCCACGGCCAGACGCGCAGGCUGAAAAGUCUUCUUCGGCCAGCCUUCACGACUCCUCGCCGCCCCCUCCACCUUACGAAGCGCACGAAGACGACGGCUACGAAUACCCCGAGCCCAAGACGCCGUCGCAGCUGCUCGAGAGCAAGAACCUCGACAUUGACCUCCGCUGGACGGUUCUGUGCGAUCUCUUCCUCCUGCUGGUCGCCGACUCCAUCUACGACUCGCGGUCGAGAGAGCUGUUCGAGGUUGUCGGCAAGCACCUCAGCGUCGACUGGCUCGAGAUCUGCCGCUUCGAGAAGCGCGUCACAGACGCACUCGAGAUGCAGGAAGAAGCCAACAAGGAAAACUGGAACGAAGACGAGCACAUGGAGUCGCGCAGGAAACGAGCGCUGCGCAAGCGCUUGGCCUUUAUGGGCCUUGCCACUGUCGGCGGCGGUCUGGUCAUUGGCUUGUCAGCUGGUCUGCUUGCUCCCGUUAUUGGUGCCGGUCUGGCUGCGGGCUUCACGACCAUCGGUGUGGCGGGCACUAGCGGUUUCCUUGCUGGUGCAGGUGGAACGGCCGUCAUCACCAGUAUUGCUGUCACCACCGGUGGCACGGUUGGCGUCCGCGCCAUGAACAGACGAACAGGCGCGGUCAAGACGUUCGAGUAUCGGCCGCUGCACAACAACAAGAGAACGAAUCUCAUCAUCACGCUGGCGGGCUGGAUGAGCGGCAAGGCCGACGACGUCCGCCUGCCGUACAGCACUGUCGACCCUGUCAUGGGAGACAUCUACUCGGUCCUUUGGGAGCCGGAGAUGCUGAGGAGCAUGGGUGACACCAUCAACAUCCUUGCAACAGAGGCACUCACUCAAGGCCUCCAACAGGUCCUGGGCAGCACGCUCCUGACCGCGCUCAUGUCUGCCAUGACGCUCCCUCUCGCCCUCACAAAGCUCUCCUACCUCAUCGACAACCCUUGGUCUGUCUCUCAGGCGCGCGCUGACAUGGCUGGUCUCAUUCUUGCAGACUCGAUCAUCGACCGCAACCUCGGAACAAGGCCGAUCACCCUCGUCGGCUUCUCGCUCGGUGCUCGAGUCAUCUACGCCGCGUUGAAAGAGCUUCAAACCCGCGGCGCGUUCGGCUUGGUGCAGAACGUGUACGUGUUUGGCACACCGGUUGUCGCCAACACCGAGGAGUACAUCAAGAUCCGAAGCGUGGUGCCUGGGCGAUUCGUCAAUGGGUAUGCCACCAACGACUGGAUUUUGGGCUAUCUCUUCCGCGCGACCGGUGGAGGCGUCGCCCGCGUCGCAGGACUCGCACCUGUAGAGCUCCCUACGAUUGAAAACAUGAACGUCACCGAGUGGGUGCCCGGCCACAUGGCCUACCGCACAGCGAUCCCGAAGCUGCUCCGCGAAGCAGGCUGGCUCGUCGAGUCGGACGAGUUCGUCGAGAUUGAAGAUCCCGACCCAGAGAACCACGAGCAGCGGCAACGCGAGCUGAUCAGCGAGAUUGAAGAAGCCCGCCGCGAGCUCGAGAAGAAGAACGCCGAGAAGGAGAAGAAAGGCGUCAAGCUCUCCUGGUGGCGCAAGAAGAAAGGCGACAAGAAAGACUGGGAGGUCUACGACAAGAACUCGCAAGCCCAGGCGCCCAUUGACAAGACCGCCGACACAGCGACCAUCGCCGAGAACCCCGUCAUGUUCGACAUCGACGCGAUCCGCAAGGAAAUCGCCGCCCUCGCCGCCGAAUCCGCCGCAGACAAACCCUACAACGGCUACGAACCCGACGCCUUCGAGAUCAAGGAGAUCAAGUCCACCCUCCCCCCCAUGAAGAUAGACAUCUCCGCCGCUUCUGGCGCAGCCCCACACACCGGCCUGCGCCAGACGCAGAGCUUCAACGACAGCCUCGGCGCCGCACCUACAACGAGCAAGGCGCACAGCACAGGCAACCUGACGCCCGCACCCGUCCGCCUGCCGCCCGGCAGCCAGCUGAGCAACGGCACAAGCGGCACAAAGGACUACGACGAGUACGACGAGUUCGACGACCCGGGCGCAGGAAGCAUGAGCAUGACAUUCGACACUUCGUUCCGCGACCCGCCGCCCUCGAGACAAACACAGCCCGCGUCGCCGGACACGCUGACAAACGCGUGGAAGUCGGACUCCCCCUCGCAGCCGCAGCCGCACACGAGCUCACGCGCCCCCGAUUCGCCCCCGGCCCACACGCAGCCGGGUCGCACCGGCACGUGGGACUCCCCCCCUCCGCCGACGGUGAGCUGGGACGCCCAGGCCAACGACGCGCCGGGGCGGCCGCCGCUGCGCAGCGCGCACACGACGCCCGUGGGGUUCAACGCCUGGGCGGACGACGAGGACGAAUUUGGCGAGAAGGAGGUCAAGAUGAGUUUCAUGUAG